AUGUACUCCAGCAGGAGCUCUGACGGUCAUGAUGCUCCAGCUGGAGCUAAUACUGGCUCCGAAAGCUCCAAGGAUGGUUUCAGGACAGUUCAUAGGAUUUUGCUGGGCGUUUUAGGAUGUUUUGUCAGUUUCGAGGACGGGCAAGGUGGUGCACAAGAGAAGGAAAUUGAAUCGAGUGGGGAUUUAGGACUGGUCUAUCGCCCAGCAAGUAAAGCAGUACGUAUGGCAAUGAAGCAACAGACAGUCGGAGCGGCCUGA